GACAGAGCACACCAAUCAGCAGAUAUACUGGAGAUCAGCUCAGGGCACACUCCUCUGUUCACAUCCACGCACUUAAAAUAGUGGCUUCAAGUACAAUGGCAGUACAAUGGAACUUGAGGUUUGGAAUUGUCCUCAUUGGUGAUUCAGCAGUGGGGAAAUCAUCUCUCCUACAACGCUAUACCGAAGGGACGUUUGCAGAGGCCAGUUUGAGUCCACUGGGAAUUGAUUUUAAAGUCCAGUACCUAGACUUUGACCCUGGUAUCCUGAUCAAGCUGCUUCUCUGGGACACUGCGGGGCAAGAGAGAUUCCAGUCUAUUUCUAAGUCCUAUAUGAGGAACUCAGUGGGCUGCAUUCUGAUGUUCGACAUCUCCCAGCGCCAGAGCUUCGAGAAUAUACGGAACUGGCACAGAGAAGUAAUGGACUACGUCAAGCCAUUCGCCAUGGUCUUCAUGCUGGUGGGUCACAAGAGUGACUUGCUGGUUCGCCGGCAGGUCAGGAGGGCUGAGGGCGAGGCGCUGGCGAAGGAGCUGGGCAUGGCCGGCUACAUUGAAGUCUCAUCCAAAGAGAACGUCAACGUCGCCUUGUCGUUUGAGAGUCUCGUCAGAGUGAUAUACAAAAGGUUAAAUGAAGGAAAGAUACCCUUGGACGAGCGCUAUCAAGGACUCACAAUUGGACUACCUUUCUGGAAUGAUGGAGAAAUCACUGCGCAGAAAAGUUGUGCCUGGUAGUUUUCUCAGCAUCUAUACAGGGUUGUCAACUCUCACGCAUCUAGCGUGACGCUCAUCCUUUCAAACUCUCAUGCAAGAAAUCUUACCUCAAAUUUAUAUUAUUCCAUUAUAAACCUAAAAUUUGCUGCAUCAACAGCACUGGGAUAGUUCGCAAACCAAACCCUAUAGAGUAUUUACAAGGUAAUAAAACUGUUACAUACAUACAAAUGCAUGUAUGUGCAGGAUUGUUUCGAACUUCACAUCUCAUGCCAGCCAGCUGAAAAAAGUUGGCAAUCCUGUCUAUGUAUUUUAUUUUGUUACUUUUAUUUUAAUUAUUACUAUUCUCAUGUUGGUCUGCAUUACUUUGUAUUCUGCCCAAAGUAUUCCAGGAAAAAAGUAGCUUAUCUGCACAAGCUUAGCUUGGCUUAUCUGCACAAAUUUCAUUAAUAACAUUUUCCCAAAUAGUUUUCAGUCAUCAUGAAAGAAUUUACACAUGACAGUACAAUUGUUUCAUUUUUAGCAUCUGUUAAACCUCUAUUUACUACUUAAGAUUUUCUUUUCGAAAACGUUUGUAAUAUGUGAGUCAGAAGCCGUCACAAUAACAAUAAACUUGUUUGGCUAGAUUUGGCUAAAAGCCUGGGCAACAGGAAGACAUGUAGUCAUAGCAAUUGACUGUAGGGUUAAUAACGAUCGUAAAUAAAAACCACAGACAGAGCGGUAAACAAUAACUGGAUCGCCGCUUGAGAACUUCAAAUGUUUUUAUUUGAAUGAAGGAAAACGGCGUGGUGAUGUGAUGCUAUUCCAUCUUCUAUAUUCCAGUGUUGGAGGAAACAGACUGUGCAUGAUCAUGAUGAGGAUGACUGACUAAAAUAGAGAGGGAUGGAUGGGUGGAUCUAUGAACGAGUGAUGGAUGGAGUAAAUUAAUUAAAAUUAAAAUUUAAUGUAUAAAAGCGAAAUAUAUUUUGAACAAGUGUUAUUUAUAUUGGUGUAUGUACAAUGCAAUAUUUAGCAGUGUGUAUAUUGCUGAUAAUAAAAUUAUUGGUAAACUGGUGUUUCUA